AUUGAAACACAAAACAUCUAAUACUACUUGUGAAAAUUUUGACAACGACGAGGCUUCUCUAAUUUGUCAAUGUCACGGCCAACUUUGUCUUUAUGAACUAUCUCCAGAACGGCGUCUUUGGAUUUUCGAACAGCUGUUGACUGUGGAGUAAACGUAUCGGAAGUCGAAAUCGACGGUAUUGCUAUUCGAAGCAAACAUUCUGCAACGUAAAUACGAAACUCACAUUGACCGUGGACCGAGCAGUUCUGUGGAACAAAAAAGUUUAGUCACCUUUGGAUCAAAUUUCAAGUUUCAAUAUUAUUGCAUAAGAAGGAAAAUAAAACAACAUUUUUUAAACAAAACCAAAAAGGAAAUUUCAAACUUUAUAGGUGAAAUAUCCAGAAGCAACCAGGUGAAAGCAAAUUGGGCCCGGUCAAGAAAGCUUACCUUUGUUUUUAUUUAUUUUAAGAAAUAGCAAGUAAACCCAUAGAUUGAAUUUAUUGGAAAACAUGAAAUCUAAGGAAAGUAAAAUAAGGCAGCAGGUAAAUCAAGCAAAGCAAUAAAAACUCUUCGUAGCGAAAAAGUUUUUGAAUCUAUGUCGGGAGGCCACUAUAAGAAGUGAAACCAAAAGCUAAAAUAUAAAAGUAAAAUAAUCUUAAUAGCAAAAAGUGGCAAAGAAUAACAGUUUUACAGAGGGCGCACGCCUAUCGAUUAAACUACCCGCUGCACAAACGAGUGACUACCCUGGGGAUAUUUCGACGACGGGGGAAAGAAAUGUGAUUCUUUUUUUAGGACAUAGUGGCUAGCAACUAUCUACGCGAGUUUCAGCUUCAAUACAUGUUAUUGUGUAAGUGUUGGACAAAUCAAACUAAACGGGCGUGAGGAGAUUGCAGUUGGUAGUGGCAACUGGAUUGGGUUUGAUUACAUUCCGUAAAUAAGAAGGAACAGUAGCAACAGCCAAUCACUCGUUUAACCAGGCUAUUAAAGAUAGUUUGUAUGCAAAGAAGUUGAAGUAAAUUUAGCCGACUUGAGUUCUGGUGGGCAAUUGUACAAUAUUAAACGUAUGUCACACAUGAAUCUGCACGUGACUAGUAGAUAAGAGCAGAAAGAGUAAUAUAAGAGGCGAAAAUUCAGAAAAUCGACUUGACAAAGAUCCUAUAAUCAGCUCGAAAAUAAUGAGGGUCGGGGGUAAAAUUCUUAAUUCAAAAAGUAAAACGGCUGCCGACUCAAUUGCGCACACAACAUGCUUAGAAGCAGUUACUUCACGAAGAGCGACAAAAGUCGCCGGCAAUGCCGAGCUCGGCUUGCAUAAGAAACAAUCUUGCACAUCGCUUCUUUGUGAGCUGACACGUCUUAAGUCCCAGCAAAAGUAUCUCGAAUGCAAUCAGGCCAAGUUAAAUCCGGCUCAUUAUGAAGAUCCACCGGUUAGCGGAAGAAGUAAAAAUAAUAGCAUAUCACAAAUGAUAAACGAAAUUGAAGCCCUUAAAGCGUAUUUAGAAAACAGAUUAAAAGCUUAUCGGGAAAACUGUUAUUGUGAGAUACAAGAAUUGCGCCAAGUGGUCAGCUCUAUACACGAAGAUGUUCAGCCGCAGCGUUUGAGCCAGUGUUCGUUGCCGGAAUUGCGUGAACGCAUUAUUAGCACAAAUACACAACUAAUACAACUAUGCGACAAAAACGAAAAGGAAAUGGAAAAACUGCGCGAUGAGUGUGAAAAUAUAGAGCGCGACAAUAAAGUUAUCGUGAAUGUUUGAAACGUGAAAAUAUAAGUUUAACAAUAAAAAAAAAAACCUAAAAGCA